AUGGCUAGCCAUGAUGACUAUGAAAGUUUACCCGAAACAAUGCAUCCGACGGUACACGCUGCUGCUGGUGCAUUGGCUGGUAUUGGAGAGCAUUGUAUUAUGUAUCCAAUCGAUGUUGUCAAAGUACGUGGUAUGCAUAUUGUUGCUAUUGCAGCUGGUCCGGCUCAUGCCCUGUAUUUUUCAUGUUAUGAAAGAAUGAAAAUACUAUUUAGUGGAACUUUACAAGCGGGUCAUGACCCAAUAGCUAAUGGAUUAGCCGGUUGUUGUGCAACCUUAUUUCACGAUGCUAUCAUGGUACCUGCUGACGAUUGUUUAAGAAAAAUGAUUCGCAGUGAAGGUUUAAGUGCUUUAUAUCGUAGUUACACAACACAGUUAACAAUGAAUAUUCCAUUUCAUUCUAUUCACUUAAUCACAUAUGAAUUGUUACAAGAUAUGCUAAAUUAUGAUCGUAUGUAUGAUCCAUUAUCGCAUGUAAUAUCGGGGGGCGCUGCAGGUGCUGUUGCCUCAGCAUUUACUACACCAUUGGACGUAUGUAAAACAUUACUUAAUGUUCAAGAAUGUUGUUUGCCUGAACAACCUUGCUCAACAGCAACUUUAACUAGCACAAAUAUCAAAUCUUCUCCCGUCAAUGGCUUAUUUACAGCAAUACGUGUUAUUUAUACAAGUGGUGGCAUAUUAGCAUUUUUUAAAGGACUAACACCUCGUGUUCUCUAUCAAAUACCUUCGACAGCUGUAGCAUGGUCAGUGUAUGAGUUUUUCAAACAUUUUCUAUCAGCAACAAAAACAGAGAAUACGAGUAGUUUAACAGUUGAUGAUCAAACAAAAUUAUCAACUAAACUGACAGACACUAGGCACAGUAAUAUUUCUUCUCACCAUCAUCAUACUCCUCCUCAGCACCAUCCAAUUAUUCAAUUAUUAUCCACAUCUCAGACACACGUACCAAAAUAG